AUUUGGCGGUAAUCGGGGUAUGAGAGAUUAUCAUUUUCUUUGUUGAUAUUUAGAGGCAGCACGUAUCGAUGAAAGACUCGGUCGCUAUAUAUUUAGCACGUGAUCAUUUUAUACGGUGGCAUGUAACGGAACGGGUGUUAAGUUACGAGUCGGUUUACAAAUCGCACAUUUAUUUAAUAAAACAUAAUUGAAAAAAAAAAAAAAUAUUCGCGGUUAUAUUUUACUAGUGACUACAAAAAGUGUAAUUAGCAAUUGACGACCGUUGUGAUUAAAUAUUUUUCGUACUUUCUUUGGAUGAAAAGAAAGUAAAAUCAAAUUAAUCAUUCAAUAGAAUUUCUUGACGCUUUGAAGUUGCGAUAAUGGCACUGGGACCAUUGCCAUAUUAUACUGCGAUUCAGCAAGUUAAAGGAAGUACACCGGGUGAAAAGUUUCAUACAUUAAACAGCAUCGCGAGGGAAAUAAUUAAAUCAGAAAAUCAAAAUAAAGCGAUGCAAUUGACUGUCGAUUCGUCGGAAUUACCGGAGGCUUUAAAACCUCUGGUGCAAGUGGAGGUCGCGCGAUUAUCAGAACAAUUUGAGGGAAUUUGCGAAGCUUUGAAAUCCGAUGACUCUGCUGUGUUUGUUCGAGCGCUCAGAGCCAAGUGGUUUUUCAAUGGCAGCCAUGAAAAUUAUAGGGUUCAGUACUACAAGGAGCGGAUUCUUCCGUUCGUAUCUUUGCAGAGUCGACAUAAAAUUAUCAAAGCGUUGGCUAAAAAUUUGACCGCGAAUCCUGCUAUCGCUGAAGAAUUUUAUACUGCGCUGACUUUGAUGUACGAGGAGAAACAAGCUCACCUACUGUUGAUGGCUUGCAGUGAAUCAUUUAUCUGGAAUCGCAUCACAGAACAUAAACUACGGCUUAAUAAUAGAAUGGUACGAAUUUUAUUCGACAAGCAUCCAAAACUUGUAGUUGAAUAUCUGAAGCUGAGCAAAAAAUGUGACGACAAAUUCGAACGAAAUUUACGACCCGUUAAUUUACAGUCUCAUGCGUCUUUUCUUCCCAGAUUAUUAAAGGAAUAUCCAGACACUUUCAUGGAACUCAUCGAAUUGCAUCACAACAACUUCAAUAUAAAGUUGACCCGCCCUAGUACUGAUUUCUUUUUUGAAAAAUUCCCCGACGCUUUAAUGAGAAAUCCCCGAUUAUUUCUACCAAUGUUAAAUCUUAAAGUCGUGCAUGAAAACGUCACUGACCUUCAGUUCAAAGCCAUGUUCAAGCAGCAAUUUCCGCCUGACAAAGACUCAUUUGAAUUCAAUAAAUUACUUCAGUACCUAAAAUGUCUUCCAAAAGAUGAUAAAUUGCCUUUGAUGAUUUCUACAUUCGAAGAAGUUUACGGAGUUAAAUUGUUAGAUUGCUAUACAAAAAUUACGACAUCAACUCUUCGGAUGCUCCCACGCGAAGAUCGGAUCGAGUUAGUGGAAGAAAUGCUUGAAUAUAACAAUAAAAGAAGGGCAAAACGUUCCGGUGUGCCGUGGAUUUGCUUUUUACCCUGUGAUAAGUCAAUAAGGCGCUUGAAACUUGAAUUCAAACACGAGAACGAUUCAAAUAAUCGAAUCAAAAUAUUAAGAGAAUUAAUCUAUACCUGCCAAGUAAAUGCCGACAGUGAUUCGUUUCUGAAAGUUAUCAACUACAUCGAAGCAAAGCACAUAAAUGAACCUGAACCGGUAUUGAUCGGUAUUUUUAGAUAUAUAUCAACCAUGUACCCAUUAAAAACCUUAACCCGCCGGGAUUGGAAUGCGUUGAUUAAAUUGUUCGAUUCAACGAAAAACAAGUUCGAAAAUUGGUACGACAAGAUGCCAUUGAAUUUGAUUGUCGCUGCAGUUCGGUACGAUUUGGACAAUAAUAUCAAUAAAAACACGCGUAGCAUGAAAUUGCUUACAGAAUUUUAUUUGAACCUUCGGGCUGCUAAAUGGCUAGUUUUUACAGACAAUUUUCCAUACAAUAGAAUCUGCCUAGAACACUCUAUCACUAAUCUAAUGGACUAUGAUCUUCCUAUUGCUGACAACGUGAUGACUACUGGAAUUAAGUAUUUGUUAGCAACGAUUCAUGACUUUAAUAAUGCAGUAACUGAAGCAAAAUCUGAUGUCAAAGUUAUUCUUAUUAAAGAUCAUCCGAAAUUGGUGAAAAAAGUGCGGUCACUCCUUAGUGAUCACAUUAGAGAUGAUAUUAACAUGAAAAAUCUGAAAGUCGCAGUAAGAAAUUUGGAUCAGGAUCUUUACAACGCCUGCGUCAGUGAAUGUGUAAGGAAAACCGAAAAAUUACCUAAGACUGUAAUACCCGUUAAUUUGAAAUCAAAGUCUACUUGGAAAAUGCUGAAAACCGAUCCACAAUAUUUUGAAUAUAAUUGGGAGCCAUUUCUGAAUGCAUGUCUUGCAGGAAUUUUUGUACCUGGUGUCACAAAGAAAUCCCUUUUGAUGUUAGAUUCGUUAGCUCGAAGAUUUUUCAGAUUGAGUCGGUGGUGUCAAGAUUUGCCGGGAAAGAUUGAUGGAAGGCUACUGGAAAACCUUGAUAGGCGUAUGUGUGAACGGAAUCUAGUCGCUCUGGCGAUUCUGUUUGGAGGACCGUUAAUUGAGCCCUUUUUGGCAUCUUUGAAAGUGUCCGAUAUUACAAGGGCUCCGCUUGAAAAUCAUGCCACGCCUGUUCGGAAAAAAACUAAAUGGGUUUCGCGAGCCUUAAGUGUUUCCAACCCCCCAGUAUCUUUAGAUUUGAUACUCAAAUUCUGUGUCAAUGAUUGUGUAGAAUCGGGAAUUAAUUGCCUUCUUAAUGUAAGCCAACAAACGGGGGUUGAUAAAGUUAUGUCAUUUGCAAAUAAGCUGAUUAACCAACCGGAGGAUAUACGGAAACUCAGAAUUCGGUUAUUGUAUAUGGUCGAGGAUGCCGAAAAUUUACACAUUACCCUGACGGACUUGUGGACCCACGAAACGGAUCAGAAGGUUCGUAAGUUAUUGUUUAGAAAUGUGCUUAAACUUUUUAAAGCAUUCCCUGAGGACAAGAACUGGGAAUUGAUUAAAAAAUGUCUCGACGGACUAAGACCAGAUGAUAAAUAUACUUUUGGAUCUCUUAUGAAAUUUGAUUACAUCCCUAAUGAGUUCAUUGUGGAAUAUGUCCGAAAAUUAUUUGGCCUCUUUCGUAGACUCGGCGAUGAGGGAAACGAUUCGCAGCGAGAUGUCGUUUGGUUCUUUAUUACAAAGCUACUUAAUAUUGAUAAAAACAUAUUAGUUCUGUUUUCCGACGAAUUGCACAAUGAAAUAAUUGAUAACUAUGUUCUUGAUUUGUCACUACCAAAAAAAGUACAGUCUGCAGGCCAUAGUUAUCUAAUUAAUUACAUUGUAACAGCGCGAGAUAAGUUAGAAGACAGAUUGAACCGAUUCAAAAAUAUAUUUGUCAAAAUUGUGAAAGGAAAUUUGGAUGUUCCUCAUCCUACUGAACCGUCAUUCUAUCCAGCAAAUUAUUUCGUACAUGAAUUGAUCGAUAAUAUAAUAUAUUCUUCGCUAAACAAUCGUACAAAACGUAAGUUAGCUAAUACUGCAACGAGGGCGGCAGUCGAUUCGGACUUAAAAACUUAUCAAGAUCCCAAAUUCUUCUUAUUGUACACCUUCACUUGCAUUGUUAACAAAGUCUCUCCCAACGAAUUAGCAACGGCUAUCAACAGACUUUUGCCUAAAUAUGCCAAAUCUCUUGGCAAAAAGUACAUUGUAAUUAUUGCUAAACAUCUUUAUAAAUGUAUCGAUUCUUUCAUCGGCGAUCGGCGCUAUCAAAUGAAUGUCGUCGAUGGUCUCCGAGGUUUUGGAAAUGAUGAAGCUGAAAGGCUUGCAGAUCGUCUUAUGACACUUAACUAUUUUUUUAAAAUUAGAAGUUAAUAAGUAGGAGUCAUGUAAAAAUAUUUUACUGCAUUGAAUUUUAUAAUUAUCGAUACUGAGGUUAUCGUUGUAUUGUUAAUGGAUUUUUAAACACGUGUAACAUAAAAAAUAAAAAUGAUUAGUUAAGAUUUCAAUUAUUAUUAUUUAUGUAAUUUUAUUUUAGGGUUUUUUACUCUAACGUAUUGUGCAACUGAAGGACGUAUGUAAUAGGGUGGGUUGAAAAAAAACUUUUUUUUUUGUUUUUCUUAGCAUGGGGGUAGAAUUUGUACCUUAUGAAAAAAAAAAUUUUCAAGAAUAAAAAAAAUUUUUUUACUCAACAUUUUUUAGUGGCCCACUCGUUUUUAAAAUGAAUAAUUGGUCAAACGGGGUAGUCCCAACGAAAAAAAUUACAUGGUGUUCUAGAAUCUGUAGGGUGUCCCCUUGAAAGGUAAUUGGAAGUCAGAAGUUGAAAAAAUUUUAUUCCUAUUAUUUUUGUAAUUUAAGUAAAAAAUCCAAAAAUGAAAAGCAUUUUCUUUGAAUUAAAAUAAAAAUGAAGUAAAAAAAAACAAUCACAUUCGACAAUUAUUAGAUGUUUUCCACGAUUAUGGACAAAAAAAACUUUUUUUCGUUGGAACUGCUCCGUUUAAUCAAUUAUUUAUUUAAAAAACGAGUGGGCCAUCUCAAAAUGUUGAGUAAAAAAUUUUUUUUUUCUUGAAAAAUUUUUUUUUUAAAGGUACAAAUUCUACCCCCAUGCUAAAAAAAAAGAAAAAAAAGUUUUUUUUCAACCCACCCUAGUAUGUAAGCGAUUAAUGUAUAAUUUUUUUUUUAAUUCCAGCACUUAAUAAAUUAUCGACUUUUCCGAAUAGUGACUUUGUAAUAUUAUAAAAUAAAAUUGAGAAUUAUACAGAAUAUAGACAUGA